AACGCUUAUCACAAAGUGUUCAGUGUCUACGUGUCCACAAACCUGUCAACACAAAAAUGGCCGAAUACCGCGCGGGGAAAGCCGGCAUCAACGCUGAGGCUCAAGCAAGAAUCCACAGCAAAUACAACAACGACAUUGCCGUCGAAGCCCUGGAAUGGGUGAAGCUUGUGACAGGUGAAAAUAUCCCUACAGCCGGGGACGCUGACAGCCUCUACGAGGUUCUCAAGGACGGCACUCUUCUCUGCAAACUAGUCAAUAAGUUCCAGGAUGGAAUAGUCAAGAAGAUCAACCAGUCUACCAUGGCCUUCAAGUGUAUGGAGAACAUUAACGCUUUCCUCGAAGCUGCUGUAAAAUUGGGCGUACCGGCUCAAGAAACAUUCCAAACAAUUGAUCUUUGGGAAAAGCAGAAUCUGUACUCUGUGGUUAUUUGCUUGCAGUCGUUGGGACGGAAAGCCAGCAAUUACGGGCUUCCAGCGUUUGGACCUAAGGAAGCGGAGAAGAACGUUCGCGAUUUCUCAGAAGAACAACUCAAAGCUGGGCAGAAUGUGAUCUCGUUGCAAUACGGCACAAACAAGGGCCAGCAGUCGGGAAUAUCGUUUGGCAACAGGCGCCAGAUGUAAAUAAUAAUUGUAUGUUACUCGUGUAAGCAUUUUGUUAUUUAAAACAUUAAAUAUUUUGUAUUUUUCUAAUAA